AUGGUGGUAGUAGUUUUAAACGAAUCGAAGGACGGGGUCAACCAGGAGCUGGAAUACGACGAGAGCAGUUCCGAUGAAUGCGACACUCCAGUUAGUGUGAUAUCCAUGAAGUUUGACAAAACCGAUCUUUCGAUUAAUACCAACCCACUGCCACAUGGCAAGUACACCUUGAUUGGUAUCGAUAUAGAUACUACUGGUCGCAGGCUUAUCGAUGAGAUCGUACAGAUCUCUGCCUUUACCCCGGACCAGCAGUAUGCGCAAUACAUUAUGCCCCUGAUGAACCUGAACCCAGCUGCCCGUCAACGGCAUCAGGUUCGGGUGAUCACGGUCGGGUUUUUCCGCAUGCUGAAGAGCAUGCAAACGUAUCGCGUGAUGAAGACCAAGAUGGAGAUCGCGGCGCUGAACGAAUUCAUCGACUGGCUUGAGGAGCGUCGUCGUGAAGAUGAAGGAUCCGAGGGUAUCGUACUGGUGUACCACGAGCAACGAAAGUUCGUGCCUUAUAUGGUCAUCGAAGCGUUGAAGAAGUACAAGCUGUUGGAUCGCUUCGCAGAGUCGGUCAAGUCCUUUGUAAAUGGAUUCAAAUUGGCUGAGGAGAAAUGUACUAAAACGAUCAAAUAUCUGACGAUUCGUCAGUUGGCAAAGCUAGUUUUGGACGACAAAGAAGGCUCCCGUGAAGGAUUUGAAGGCAACGCGGCGUACCGUGCAAGGAUGGCCUUCGAAAUUUCCAGACGCUUAGCAACCGCUGAACCGAAGGAGACUUCGUCUACUUCAUCACCGUUGGAAACGGAGCCAAAUUCUUCGGGUGAUACUGAAGAAGUCACAAAUUCAUCCUCCACCGCUGAAGAUGCCGUGAAGGUUGAGAGUGACAAGGCAGCCGAGAACACUGUACCCUCUGCGGAGGAUGAUGGUGAGCAGAAACAAGGAGAGGAGAAAGAAGGAGCUGCUACGGCUACUGCGACUAGGUCUGCAUCUCCUCCUUUGACCGAAGCGGAUCGUCAAAAGAUGUGCACCGUGCUGUGUGAAUAUGCUUCGCCUAUUUCCACCGAGAUAUCCGAGCUUGACGAGCAGGAGAAGAUUCUGGUGCGUCAAAAUUCAUUGAGACCGGUAUUUUUGCUCUAUUUUAAGACGACAAUCUACCACAGGGUUAAGGCUGUUACGUAUAGACGAGUAUUGGCUGAAUGUGGCCUCGAUUACGAAUCGUUGCGUCAACUCUGGCAAGAGAAUAAACGCGAAGGCUUGGAAAACAUGAUCAAGGAGAUUGCAGAAUUGAAGGAAGAUGAAUGCACCGAGUUGGUUGAACUUCUUGAUUGUCACUACGAUCCGGACAAGCAAGCAUUUAAACCGGUUGUGAAGCGCAUGAAGCGUCGUCCCUCUCGAGGACAACCUUUCUUCUCCAACAAAAAUGGGAAUGUUCCGCAAAAUCAGAACGGAAACACCCAAAUGGCGAAGGAAAAUCGGAAGCCAUUCCAUGGCUACCAAAACAACCAGAAAAACCAUAACAAUCUUCAUAAUGGAAACAAUAUGAUCAACAAACAGCAGAACCCUCAGCAGAAUCAGCAGCAGCAGUUCUACAACGGUCCGUCCUCACCCGAGUCGAGUAUGCGCAACGGAGGAUCGCCGGGAAAACGUUUCUUUCCACGCAACUCUCGUCGUCGCCGUGGAGGAAAUGGCCAGAACCAGAACCAGAACGGUGGACAACCGAACCAACAACAACCGAUGAAGAAUCAUAAUGGCAAUCACCAUUCCUACUCGAACUCGAAUCGCCACAAUCAUCAAUAUCAACAGCCGAUUCCAAGUCAUGCCUAG